CAGAUAGUAAUUAUAAUAACGCUGCUCAGGGCUUGUUCCAUUUGAUUAGACUUGUCGUGUUAGACAAAGAGCACAGUGAUUCCUUCGGAACACAGCCAUGUUCUUGAGAGUCGCAUGUUUAGCUCUUUUACAACUGAUAUUUUACAGAGGUUACUCUUUUCAGGCAUGCUCUCACGACAGUGACUGUCCACGCUGUAAUGAUCACCACUUGCUACCCACAUGUGCUAACAUUCGUGAUGAAGGUCAUCCUUGGCCCGUGUGUCAUUGCAAUCCAGUUGUUUGCAUGAAUGACAGCGACUGUCCCUGUCAACAUUACAACUUUCAUGCCAUCUGUUUUCGAGGAGGAACUGGACACUCCUAUUGUGGUGGUUGCCAUCCAGUCCAUUGCGAUCCCAGUCCCUGUCUUUCUUCGCAGAUCUGUGUAGUAGAAACAUACCAGCAGUCAAGCUACUUCAAUUGCAGGUGGCGUUGUAACGAUCCUUGCUCGAAUAGAACGACCUGCGUCAUAAAAUAUGUUCAUCGCGAUCAAGUUCACGAGUGCAUUGACCCUUGUGUACCAAAUCCUUGUUCAAGUGGAAAGACCUGUGUUAAUACAAACGAUGCCCCAUUCUACGUAUGUGAAGCUCAAAAUACCACUGAAUCCACUUCCAAACCAACUGAUUCACCGACCACAAAAGAAACAAGCACAUCGUCGCCUGUACCCACGCCGGCACCACAACAAUCGGAUUGCUCUAAGUUCAACAUCACAUUACAUGGAUGCCUCGACAACUCGGCCUGCUCCGUUCCUAAUGUGCUAAAAGUCAUCUGUCCGGACCCACAUAUAUGUGUUCGAGUUAAUAGUCAGAGUCAUUUCCUUCACAGACAUCACAUUACAUGGAUGCCGUGACAGCUCAGCCUGCCUCUUGCCUCACAUACUUGAAGUCCUUUGUCCCGAUCCACAGCAGGCGAAGUAUUGUCCUACGAAAUGUGGAUGUUGCCCAUCCCCGUUGAUGGGCUAAGGGAACCAUCGCAACGUCCGACAGAACAGAAAAUUAUCUUUCUUUCUUUGUUAAUUACAAAUAAAAAAUAGCAUAGCAUUGUAA